AUGGGUGCAGGUUUUCUGCUGGAGGUGUCAGGCUCUGGGUGUGAGAGGGUCUGGACUACAGCUAACAUCUACCUCCCUACUGAUCCAGACGUACACGCUUGCUCUGCGGUGUUAGUCUGGACCAGCUGGUCAGAGUUGGCUCCGCAGGAGAUGGUGCCCCAGGCGAAGCCUGCCAGUCUACUGCCACCCUGCCCGUCUGCCAGCAUGCCUGCCAGCCUGCCGGGUGCUGAGCAGGACAGCGGAGGGUGUAGCCUGCAGGUCUGGAUGACAUCAAAGUUUGUCAUUGGAUCAAGUCCUACAGUGGUUUUAGUAUCCUUUACUACAACUGUUAUUUAAAGUAAAACUGGUCAAUGUGAAUCUACCUCCAUGUCUCUGGUGUUUUCAGACUGGACAUGGCAGCAGCUGUAGCGAACAAUCAACCACUUCCUGUCCCACUCCUGGUUUUCUACUCUCUGCUGCAUCAGUAAUGCAGGUGAGCCACUUCAUACAGAAACUUGCCAUUCACAACCACACCUGUCAGCAGGAGACGAUCUGUAUCUUAUGUCCUCUUAUAUGCCGACAUACUCUCAGUUUAGGUGACGGGUUGUAGGACCAUUUCUCUACACAUGUAUGAGGACUCUGCUUGUCAGGGUGAGGGUUUCUUUUAAUCACAUAGUUUUGACAGCAAGUGGUGGUUACUACUGUCGGAUAACACUUUCAGUAUUCAGGAUUUCUAAGCUGUUAAUGAUUCCAUAAUGUAAAACAAUUCUUAUCAGUGUCUCAUCAUAGAAAUCAAAUUGAAAAGUAGAUGUAGACUAAUUAAUCACCAUAACUUAAGAUUUUUUCAAUUAACUGCUGCACUGCUCCACCAGUGUGAUCUGAAACCACAAUAUGAACAAACUAUCGCAGUAUAAACAGAGGAUCACACACAAAAACACACGCUCACUUACUACGAUGCUAAGUCUGUCACAAACUACCCUACUCAUACAAAUCUCAGCACCUGAGACCAGAGGAGCCUGUUGAUUAAUUUUUCUUUUUUAUUUCCCACUUCCUUUAUUGUACUAAUAGACAUCUACUGGAUGAUACUGUGGCCUUUAUUCUGUAUACUGUUUCAGAAUCAAGUUAACAACACAGUAUUAGGAACUUUAAACUGUGAAAAAAUAAUGUGUCUCUCAUGGCUUAACAGAGUCUUUGCAGAGUAACGGUUUGCAGCAGUUGUCAAGACUUUCAGUUUUCGCUGUGGCUCAGCUGGCAAUGAGUCAUAGCCACAGCCCACCACUCUUAGUCAUUUUUGACUCUGACAAAUGAAUCAACACUUGAAACUCAGCCUCCAACAAACAGGUAGAUGUGUUGUAUCAGAGCUGCAUAUCCAGGCAGCUGUUCCUUGCUGGCAUCAAACACAGAGAGAAAAGGGCAAAAGAUUAUUUGAUAGCCAAAGUUCACUUUCUGUACAAAGGGAAGUUGUUCUUUUUUUAAAGAUAACUCUGCCAUACAUUAAGGAAGAUGCCGGAGUGCAUAAACAAAGAGUGCAGUGUCAGUGUAGUUUGCAAUCAUCCCAACAUAAUUUUAAUUACUCCCGAUGUCCAUUAAUCUCCGGCUAAUGCAACAGUGCUUGCAUUUUUCAGGAAUUACCGUUUGGUUUGCUGCCUCUGUUUAAUGCAGGUCCUGAAGCUAUUGUUCCCUGCAGCGGUAAUGACCGGUCACAACAUGCCAGGGCCAGAGGCCUGUUGUGAUUUGCACUCUUCAAAAUAGUGCUCCACUGGCUUUUGUAAUGCGGUUGCCCACUGAUACUAGUCUGAUAAGCUGAGCCAGUGUGCAGCUCAUAGGUGAUAACUCAAACUCAAAGUAGCCUGGGGUUAUUCAGUCCAGUUUGACACAAAGCACAUGUUACUUUUGACUUAUCAGCUGAGGAAUUUCAUUAAUGUGCCAUUUAAAACACCUUAGUGUAAUUUCUUCCCAUCACGGCAGCAGGAGCUUCAUUACACAGUGCGACAAGGACAAAAAGGCACAGGAUUAAGCAUAAUUAACCUGUUCAUUAUUGACCUUUUUUUACCAGCUACUGAGGUAAACAGUAGUGUGAAGCAAAGUAACACCUGGCAGAGGUACUUUUUCUGACUUCUACCUGCUUCAUUCACUCGUUGUCUGACUUGGAGAUCUUGAUGAACAUUUUCUACUAAGUUGGCAAGAAAAAAGUCAGGAUAGGAUUGGAAUAAAAAUUAAUUGGCCAGUUGUGUUCACACAUGCAGCCUACCUGGGCAAAGUUUGGAAAAUUUUCACGAGUUUUGUGCAUGUGUGAAAGAGGCUAGAGGAAACUAAACAGCCAGAAGUUAAGAAGACGCUGGAAUAUGUUAGCUUGUUCUUGGAAAUUCAAACCUAUGCUUACGUCUAUAACUCGGUUUUUGUGCACUUGGGACAGCAAGUUUUAAUGUAUCGUUGAACAUUUUACAGCUGUUAUUAGAAAUUGUUUGAAGGCAUAAAUAAAUUAAGAUUAGGUAUUUUUUCUGCUGAAAAGUUGCAGUGAUGUUCCCAAAUUGAAAUUAAUGUUGUAAAAGCACAAAUAAUCAGACUGAUUUAAAAAGUUCACCAACCCUAAAACAGAAAGAAAACGUAUGAAAGUAGAGGUUUUAAAUUUACGGUCUUUGGUAGUUGUACAUAUACAGUGUUUCUCACCUUUUAUUUUUCAGUAUCUUUCAUUAAAACAUGAAGAAAACAUGAAAAAUCAAACAUAGUUCACUGAAGGUUGAAAAACAAAAAUAUUUAGAUAAUCAAAAAGUGUUAAAAGGUGACGCUAUAAAACACCAGAAUUAAAUAUAUUGUAAAAAGAAAAGAAAAAUUCACAUAUUGUAGGUUUUUAGAUGACACCAACAUGACUUCAUUGAUUAAAUUAUCAUUAGACACUUUGAGGAUAAUGUGGAAAUUCCUUUCAUAAUAGGUAUUUAAUUUAAUUUUCAAAAUAAACAGAGAGCCUCAGCUGUUUAAUUUGAUUUAACCUUUAUUUAACCAGGUUUGUCCCAUUGAGAUCUGAGGAUCUCAUUCGCAAGGGAGACCUGUUGAUGAUGAGUGUGAGAGAAAAUCUUUGAGACCUGGGUGACCUGGCCGAAACAUAAAAACAGAGGAUCACUCGUAGGGGGCAGAGGUCAAUGAUACGGUUAUUAUAAGAGAAAAUGUAGUCAGUGGAGUAGCCAGCGGCUUGGUCAUUCAGUUUCUUUUUAAAGCCAAAGCACACAGUCGUGGUGGUGUAAAGGCUUUUUAUUAAAGGAUUAAAUUCUGGCUUCAGUACUCUGACAAAACUGUGAUUUUCCUUGACCUUCUUUUUAUGUGAUCUUGUAAAAAGAGAGUUAGAGCAGAAAAACACAUUUCUCAAUCCGGAUUUCUUGCUAGAUGAUGAAAGUAUCUACGAUUGUGUUUGUGAGAUGUAUUUGCGUUUUCCUAGUAUGGUACUGAUGUUGGCCUCAGAGUGGCAGCAGCAGUGAGGCUCAGUGUUGAGCUGUCAGUAAACCCUUCGCUGGAGUGUGAUGAUUAUGAUAGUGAUGUCGCUGUGGCAGGUGUGGUCCUGCCUGCCGUGCAGGUGAUGUCUCUCAUGCUCACUCAGCUAAUGACUCCAAUUAAAGUAAUUAAGAGCUGGCACAGUGAAAUCUGCGAACCCCAUCCAUUCCCCCUCUUCCUUUUUUAUCAGCACACAUCAUCGCCCACCACCAACCAUCACCCACCUCCAAUCACGACAUACCAUCAUAAAUUGUGUGACUCUGCUCUCCUGCUCUUUCUUGGUCUUUCUCUCUUGGGCACAAAAGCCAUCCUGUGUCUCUGCCUCUGCCUCCGCCGAGGCCUUUAA